AUGAUUUCCCACUCAAACUCUCCCAAUAUCCUCAAGUAACUCAAUUUAAAAUCUAAAGCCAUCACCAAGACUAAGAAAAACUCUUGUGCUAAUAGUCUUUUGAAGAAAUUGCAAAGAUUGUCACUUUAAACUCCUGACUUAACUCUUAGUUGCAAAUUGAAUAAAAUUGAAGGGCAAUCAGAAAAUGGCAGCAUUUCAAACGCAUCUAUUUCAACGACUGCAAGUGAAGUAGAUGCCUAAGAAUUAAAAAGUAUUGCUGAUAUUAGUUCAGAUAGAAAGUUCUCAAUGAACUCAACAAAUUCUAAUUUGACCAGCGAAAGCUAUAACCUCUUCUCAAAUUUUAUUUCUGAUUUGCAAUAAGGGCAAGCAAUUUACAGACAAUAAGACAACUGCAUUGAUGCUAUAAUUGAUGAUGACUUCGAAAACGAUUUAUUAAAUUCACUUCUUUGA